CACCGAGCACCAUCCUUCUUAGUUUCUGGGUUUGUGACAUGUACGCGGAUAUCACACAUCUCUCGGCAGUCUUCCUGUAAGUUCACACCAGGGGAGUGGAUGUGUCGCAUCUUGCACUUGCACUGAUGUCAGGCAACAUCUCCCCGGCUGGAUUAAACAUCACAGGUCCUUCUUCCAGCUGGCCGCUGCACGCGCUCCUCUGGGGUGGACCUCUGCGUGCGUGAGCUCUGUACAAGCCUUCCGGACGAGGCGCGCGCUCACUUCUUCUCCUUCGCGCAGCGCAGUGACACCGACUCGAGGAUUCCCCGGACGGGAUAACGGACGGAUUUUGUGUCAGUGGCGAUGGUGAUUGACAGAUGAUCUGACAGAGGAAGACAUCAGACGCUGUCUCCGUGCUGGUUAUUAUGGGGUGUGUCUGUUGCAAGCAGAAAAAGUCCGCCAAAGCAGCAGCAGCAACAUCAGCAGACGUUACAGAUCUGUCUCCUAGCAACGCAGAUGGAGGGCUGUUUGCGGCCUCGAAUCACGGCCGUUAUUGUCCCGACCCCACUCAGACUAUCCCAGACUUCAACAAGGGCUUCCCAGCCAGCGCCAUUUUCCCCAACACCAACACACACCAGCGGCCUGGAGGUAUAACAGGUGGUGGAGUCACUCUGUUCAUAGCGCUGUACGACUAUGACGCUCGCACAGAAGAUGACCUUACUUUUCAGAAAGGAGAGAAAUUCCAGAUCAUCAACAACACGGAGGGAGACUGGUGGGAGGCUCGCUCUUUGGACACAGGGAACUCAGGUUACAUCCCCUCCAACUACGUCGCUCCCGUCGACUCCAUACAGGCUGAAGAGUGGUAUUUUGGGAAGAUGGGGAGGAAGGAUGCAGAGAGACAGCUGCUGGGCCAUGGCAACCAGAGGGGAACUUUCCUUAUACGUGAGAGUGAGACCACAAAGGGCGCUUACUCUCUGUCUAUCCGUGACUGGGACGACAACAAGGGAGAACAUGUCAAGCAUUAUAAGAUCCGCAAACUAGACAACGGUGGCUACUACAUCACCACGAGAUCUCAGUUCGACACGGUGCAGGAGCUUGUAGAGCACUACACAGAGAGAGCGGCGGGUCUGUGCUGCCGUUUGAUUGGCAGCUGUAAGCGGGGCAUGCCUAAGCUGGCCGACUUAUCGGUGAAGACCAAGGAUAUGUGGGAGAUUCCCCGUGAAUCCCUCCAGCUGAUUAAAAAACUGGGAAAUGGCCAGUUUGGAGAAGUCUGGAUGGGCAUGUGGAACGGUACCACCAAGGUAGCAGUGAAGACUCUGAAGCCAGGGACCAUGUCCCCUGAGGCCUUCCUGGAGGAGGCUCAGAUCAUGAAGAGACUGCGCCACGACAAGCUGGUGCAGCUCUACGCCGUUGUGUCUGAGGAGCCCAUUUACAUUAUCACCGAGUUUAUGAGCCAAGGGAGUUUGUUGGACUUCUUAAAAGACGGAGAGGGGCAGAAUCUGAAGCUGCCUCAGCUUGUCGACAUGGCUGCACAGAUUGCGGCUGGCAUGGCAUACAUCGAGAGGAUGAACUACAUCCAUCGUGACCUGCGAGCAGCUAACAUCCUCGUUGGAGACAACCUGGUGUGCAAGAUCGCCGACUUUGGCCUGGCCAGGCUCAUUGAGGACAAUGAGUACACAGCCAGACAAGGGGCGAAGUUCCCCAUCAAGUGGACGGCUCCUGAAGCUGCGCUGUAUGGACGCUUUACCAUCAAGUCAGACGUGUGGAGCUUUGGCAUCCUGCUGACUGAACUCAUCACUAAGGGACGGGUGCCAUACCCAGGCAUGAACAACCGUGAAGUGCUGGAGCAGGUGGAGAGGGGCUACCGGAUGCCCUGUGCCCCGGGCUGCCCCGCCUCUCUCCAUGAACUGAUGUUGCAGUGCUGGAGGCGGGAGGCUGAUGAGAGGCACACUUUCGAGUACCUGCAGUCCUUCCUGGAGGAUUACUUCACCGCCACAGAGCCGCAGUACCAGCCUGGAGAAAACCUGUGACCGACCACACAUCUUGUUGGACAGAUGUGGAGCAAUAAACGGACAAACAGUCAGAGAACGACAGAUAGAUUUACAUGCAAACACACCGAGUACAUGUACACAUGCGCAGCACACACACACACACAUUAAGAUACAUAUCAUUGUUUAACUGUUUAAAAAAAUAAAAAAACGUUUUUGGUCAUUGAUCACUGCAGCCCGUUCAGGACCGAUCAGUCAGCCAUGCUGGAGUCGGAGCUCUGCUGGUCAGGCCUUGCAGUAAUGUUGCUUUACUCUGUAACCAUGACAACAAGGAACUGAAAGAAGAUGUAGAUGGCUGUGUUGAGGUGGGGGGAAGUCGAGUUGGUACAUGAUCUGUUCAGCUGCCAUAUAUGUUCAGGUCCUUUUUGAUUUCUGUGUCCGAGUGGAGCUGUUUAACUGUUUCAACAAAACGUAAGUGAUCGAGGGUGCAACAGGUUUCAUACAACAGUUACUGUCUUUAAAAACACAUCUAAAUGAACCCACUGAACCUGUGUGGGAAAUGAGCAGACACAGACGCUCCUCUGUUACAUGCCUCUUCUCACAAACAUAUAAAGAGGCAGUUGAACUGAUCCAUGUCCAUGACCUGAAAGGGGGAACUGAUUCCACAUGUGCCUUAAAGUGGCCAAAUUAAGGGCUGUUUUACAUUUUAAGUGCCUUUAAAACUGCCUUAGUCAAGUCUGAGAGAUGGUAAGGAAUGCUCUUUGUUAAAAUUUGUAUGACAAUUUUAUGUAUGAGCUGUCUCUUUUAUUGUUUUUAAUUUAACUCGGAUAUAUCUGAAGACUUUUAUAUCUAGUUGGCAUGUAUACAGUUUUUACCCAUUGGGAGGGCAGGGUGAAAUGUUACACAUAAACAGGGAAUGAUGCUUUGUCUUUGUUUUGUUUUUUUGACAAAUGUAACCUUUAUGUUGAGAUUCCCCUGUCAUGUUAUUGCAAUAAAAAUCAGAUAUCAUUUCUGGAUUAGGCCACA